UGGGCACUUUUGUCCUGCUGUUACUUCUUCCAAGAGAUGUGUUGCAGUAAAGGGCAGCCCUGGUGUAUCUGGUGGGCGGGCGACCAAUUCCAUUCCGUAUGCUGGGAAAGCGUAGAAAGGAAGAGUUAGCAGAGGAAAAUGGUGUUCAAAGGCAGGUUCUUCUCAUCGAAGAAAUCGGACCCAUCUAGCCCAGAAGGAUCGAAUAGCCCUCGAUCGCUGGGCUCCAACUCCCCCAGUACCAGAUCUGAGAAGAAGAAGGUCAAAUCCACCAAAAACGAUCCGCCGCCGAUCAAUUCUACUACUAAUAGUACUAGUACUAGUACCAGUACUGCCGUUAGGUUCGGUGCCAAACAACAACAGCAACAACAAUCAUCAUCAUCAGUAAAGAAGAAGGAUAAUAAUAAGGAUGUGAAGGGCAAAGAGUCGUUUGAGGAGACUACUAGUCAAGGUCCAGCUCCUCAUUCCGGUUUGAAAGUGUCACCGAUUGUGGCGUCGUCGCUGGGACUGAAUCGCAUCAAGACGCGGUCGGGGCCUCUGCCUCAGGAGAGCUUUUUCGUGUUUAGUAAGGGCCAGGGUGGGUCUAGUAAUCUUUCCAAGCCUCCUGUUGCUUCUGGUGCUGGCGAUGACGCCACCGUCGCGUGGUCGUCUUCGUCUUUGGGUUCUGGUUCGGGGGUUAGUCGAAAAAAAAAGAUGGGUUCUGAAGAGGAGAAAGAUGUUAAAUUUGGGGGAUGUAGUGUUAUUGAUCAUAAUAACAAUGGAAGCAAUUCACACAGAAUGUCUUCGGAGAGUGGACCAACGUCUACAGACCAUAGUCCCCUUAUUCAGACCAGGUCUAGGCUCCGCGAUGCUGAAUCUUCCUCAGAAGCUGCUGGGCAACGCAACUCAUCUUGGCGCCAUUCUGGAGGCUUGAGAAGUUCAGAUUUUUGUACUCCUGAGAUGAAGGCAUCAUAUGAUUGUGAAAAUCCCAAGGAGUCUGAAUCUCCUCGGUUUCAAGCUAUACUUCGUGUCACAAGUGCACCUAGAAAGAGAUUUCCUGGUGACAUAAAAAGUUUCUCCCAUGAAUUGAAUUCCAAAGGUGUACGGCCAUUCCCAUUUUGGAAGCCUCGAGGUUUAAACAAUUUGGAGGAAGUUUUGGUAAUGAUAAGGGCUAAAUUUGACAAAGCAAAGGAAGAAGUGGACUCUGAUCUGCACGUAUUUGCAGCAGAUCUGGUUGGGAUUCUGGAGAAGAAUACAGAAAAUAAUCCUGAAUGGCAAGAGAACUUAGAAGAUUUACUAGUUUUGGCUCGCAAUUGUGCUAUGACAUCUCCUGGAGAGUUUUGGCUUCAGUGUGAAGGCAUAGUUCAAGAAUUGGAUGAUAGGCGUCAAGAACUCCCCAUGGGUAUGCUGAAGCAGCUUCAUACUCGUAUGCUUUUCAUUCUCACAAGGUGUACGAGGUUGUUGCAGUUCCACAAGGAAAGUGGGUUUCCUGAGGAUGAAAAUGUUUUUCCGCUCCGUCAAUCUCUGCAUUCUGUUGGUAAUAAGCAAAUUCCUCAUGGCAUCACAAGGGAUGGGAAAAGUGACAGUGCUGCAAAGACUUCAAAAGUGCCAUCAACAAGGAAAUUUUUCAGCCAGGAACAACAUGGAUUAGAUUGGAAAAGAGACCAUGAUGUUAUGCAGCCUGGAAAGUCGCUCUCUCCAGCUUCUGCUGCUGAUACAUCAAAGAAUUUGGACUCUCCUUCUGGCAGGGAUCGGAUGGCUUCAUGGAAAAAACUCCCAUCGCCUGCUGGAAAGAGCACAAAAGAAGCUGCUCCGGUGAAAGGGGAGAAGAAUGGCAUUAGAGUGGAAUCGAAGAUUCUUAAAAACAGGAGAGGAGCUUCAGAUGAGGAUUUGGCUAUUUCUAAGUCUCCGGAGCUUGCUCCCGUUAAAGAUUCUCAUGUGCAUUCAAUAAUUCCUUCUAAGCACCAGCACAAAGUAUCUUGGGGUUACUGGGGAGAUCAACCUAAUGUAUCUGAUGACAGUUCAAUAAUUUGUCGUAUAUGUGAGGAAGAGGUUCCCACAUUGCACGUGGAAGAACACUCGAGAAUCUGUGCAAUUGCCGAUCGAUGUGAUCAGAAAGGUCUACGUGUCAAUGAGCGCCUUGUUAGAAUUGCUGAAACUCUUGACAAGCUGGUCGAGUCUUUUUCACAGAAGGAUUUCCAACAUGUCGUAGGAAGCCCAGAUGGUGCUAAGGUAGCAAACUCUAGUGUUACAGAAGAGUCUGAUCUUGCAUCUCCCAAAUUCAGCGAUUGGUCCCGCCGAGGCUCAGUGGACAUGCUUGAUUUUUGCCCUGAAGCUGAUAAUUCUGUUUUCAUGGAUGAUGCCAAGGGGUUACCGUCCAUGUCAUGUAGAACCCGUUUUGGUCCGAAGUCUGAUCAAGGAAUGACAACUUCUUCUGCGGGUAGCAUAACUCCUAGGUCUCCGUUAUUGACCCCGAGGACCAGCCAGAUAGACUUACUAUUGGCGGGGAAAGGUGCCUACUCUGAGCAUGAUGAUAUUCCUCAGAUGAAUGAACUUGCCGAUAUUGCUCGAUGUGUGGCAAAUACGCCCUUGGAUGAUGAUCGCUCUUUAUCAUACUUACUGUCUUGUCUUGAGGACUUGAGGGUUGUUAUUGAUAGAAGAAAGUUGGAUGCACUUACAGUUGAGACUUUUGGAGCUCGUAUAGAGAAGCUGAUUCGGGAGAAGUACCUACAGCUUUGUGAGCUUGUUGACGAUGAGAAGGUUGAUAUAACAAGUACCGUCAUUGAUGAAGAUGCACCUAUGGAAGAUGAUGUUGUACGGAGCUUGAGAACCAGCCCAGUUCAUUCUUCUAAGGACAGAACAUCUAUAGAUGACUUUGAAAUCAUAAAACCUAUUAGUCGUGGGGCAUUUGGCCGAGUUUUUUUGGCCAAGAAGAGAACAACCGGGGACCUUUUUGCUAUAAAGGUUCUGAAAAAGGCAGAUAUGAUUCGUAAAAAUGCUGUGGAGAGUAUUUUGGCAGAACGUGACAUUCUUAUAUCAGUUCGCAAUCCUUUUGUGGUUCGCUUCUUCUACUCGUUCACUUGUCGUGAAAAUUUGUAUCUUGUGAUGGAGUACUUGAAUGGAGGAGAUUUGUAUUCACUGUUGAGAAAUCUAGGCUGCUUAGAUGAAGAUGUUGCUCGAGUAUAUAUUGCUGAAGUUGUGCUUGCUUUGGACUAUUUACAUUCACUCCGGGUGGUUCAUCGUGAUCUAAAGCCUGACAAUUUGUUAAUUGCACAUGAUGGUCAUAUCAAGUUAACAGAUUUUGGGCUUUCAAAGGUUGGUCUCAUCAACAGCACAGAUGAUUUAUCUGGUCCAGCAGCUAGUGGGACUACGCUACUGGGAGAAGAUGAAACUCAGUUAUCUAUAUCUGAGCAUCAACGAGACAGGCAAAAGAAACGAUCUGCUGUCGGAACACCUGACUAUUUGGCACCUGAGAUUCUAUUGGGGACAGGACAUGGCGCAUCUGCGGAUUGGUGGUCAGUAGGUGUGAUUCUAUUUGAGUUGAUUGUUGGUAUUCCGCCUUUCAAUGCGGAGCAUCCUCAGUCAAUAUUUGAUAAUAUUCUCAACCGAAAAAUACCUUGGCCGCGGGUUCCUGAAGAAAUGAGCUAUGAAGCACAGGACCUUAUUGAUCAGUUAUUGACAGAAGAUCCUCAGCAGAGGCUAGGAGCAAGAGGUGCAUCAGAGGUAAAACAACAUCCAUUUUUCCGAGAUAUUAACUGGGACACCCUUGCGAGGCAGAAGGCUGCAUUUGUUCCUUCCUCAGAAAGUGUUCUUGACACCAGCUACUUUACAAGUCGCUUCUCGUGGAAUCCUUCAGAUGAACAUGUUUAUGCAGCCAGUGAGUAUGAUGACAGUGAGAGUGGUUCCACAAGCGGUAGCAGUAGUUGCUUAAGCAACCGACAUGAUGAACUGGGAGAUGAAUGUCGGGGUCUUGCAGAAUUCGAUUCUGGCUCUUCUGUCAACUACUCCUUUAGCAAUUUCUCCUUUAAGAAUCUAUCCCAGCUUGCAUCAAUCAACUAUGAUUUGCUGAGUAAAGGUUGGAGGGAUGAUCCUCCGUCAAAUCAUAAUGUAUAACUACCCUGACAGAACGCAAGAUUGGGUUUUUGCAAUUUCUCAACGUCACCUUAUCAAGGAGUCAAUCACCGGAUUGAUUUUUGUACACCCUGUAAAUAUGUAACAGAUGAAAGCUUGAGCUUGAAAAUGCCCAUAAUGUACUCUUAGUUCGUCUGGCAACAGCCCCACAAUCUGGGGUUAAAGUUUUAUGAUUCAGUAAUUUCUGCAUCUUUAAUGUAACUGUUCUCUUUACUGAGCCAAAAAAGGGUAGGAAGAGGCAAAAGAGCUCGUACCCCCUCUAGGGAGUUGGAGAAGAGGGGCUAACAUAUGUAUCCUUGAUUUGAAUGCCUAGUUGUAUGAGGUUGGUUGUAUACUGCUUCUUUCUUUUUCAUAAGAAAUGGAGAAACAUGUCUUUGUCUCA